AAUCGGCGUGUUUUGUUUUUUUUCCUCACAAAGCUCAAAAAUACAUCUCCCGACACAGUUAGUGCUUGAGUUAUUUUAGAGCUGCGGGGAGGCGUGUUGGUAUAAGAAUCGUAUACUGUAGGAACUAAGACUGACUGCACGACGCAGCAACAGGUGUCAAUGGACAAUGGAUCCGAAGAUCAUCAUCCCAACCUGGAUCAGUUCGUCCGUGGCCACUUGGAGCUCGGACCCUUUUGGCAGUGAUGCCGGUCAGAGGGUGCAGGUAGAGUUUUAUGUGAAUGAAAACACCUUCAAGGAGCGUCUGAAGCUUUUCUUCAUCAAAAACCAAAGAUCAAGUCUUAGGAUUCGUGUAUUCAACUUCUCACUGAAGCUGCUCACCUGCCUGCUGUACAUCAUCCGAGUGGCAACAGACAACCCUGGUCAGGGCGCCAGCACCAAUCACACCGCAGGACAGCAAAACUCUCCCAGUGGCAACAACAAGUGUGUUGACUGUCCGUGGAACGGAUCAGUGCAAGACAGAGAAAUUAACUGGGGUUUGAUCUUCUGGGUGGAUAGAAAGGUGCCUGUGUGGGCCAUUCAAGUGAUUGUGGCCAUCAUUAGUUUCCUGGAGACUAUGUUACUGAUGUAUCUGAGCUACAAGGGGAACAUUUGGGAGCAGAUAUUCCAGGUGUCCUUCCUUUUGGAGAUGAUCAACACAGUUCCCUUCAUCAUUACGAUCUUCUGGCCCUCAAUAAGGAACAUCUUCAUUCCCGUGUUUCUCAACUGCUGGUUGGCCAAGUGUGCUUUGGAGAACAUGAUCAAUGAUGUCCACAGAGCAAUCCAGAGGACCAACUCAGCCAUGUUCAACCAGGUCCUCAUUCUCAUCUGCACCCUUCUCUGCCUGGUCUUCACUGGCACAUGUGGAAUCCAGCACCUGGAGCGAGCGGGCAAAAAUCUCACCCUCUUCAAUUCCUUCUACUUCUGCAUUGUCACCUUCUCAACUGUGGGCUUUGGAGACGUCACUCCCCGCAUAUGGCCCUCCCAGCUCCUGGUGGUCAUCAUGAUCUGUGUGGCUCUGGUGGUGCUACCUCUGCAGUUUGAGGAGCUGAUGUACCUGUGGAUGGAGAGACAGAAGUCUGGAGGGAAUUAUAGCCGCCACAGAGCGCAGACAGAGAAACACGUAGUGCUGUGUGUCAGUGCACUAAAGAUAGACUUGCUCAUGGAUUUCCUCAAUGAAUUCUACGCCCAUCCUAGACUGCAGGAUUACUAUGUGGUGAUCCUGUGCCCAAGUGAAAUGGACCUCCAAGUGCGGAGAGUGCUGCAGAUCCCUUUGUGGUCACAAAGGGUCAUCUAUCUGCAAGGAUCUGUUCUCAAAGACCAGGACCUGCUAAGAGCCAAAAUGGAUGACGCAGAGGCUUGUUUCAUUCUAAGCAGUCGUAACGAGGUGGAUCGCAUGGCUGCGGACCAUCAGACCAUCCUGAGAGCCUGGGCAGUAAAGGAUUUUGCUCCAAAUUGUCCCCUUUAUGUCCAGAUACUCAAACCUGAAAAUAAGUUCCAUGUAAAAUUUGCAGAUCAUGUUGUGUGUGAAGAGGAGUUUAAAUAUGCCAUGUUGGCUCUCAACUGUGUGUGUCCAGCCACCUCCACUUUGGUCACGCUCCUUGUUCACACCUCCCGCGGACGAGAAGGACAACAGUCUCCAGAGCAGUGGCAGAGGAUGUACGGAUGUUGCUCCGGCAACGAGGUCUACCACAUCCGACUGUCUGACAGCAAGUUCUUUGGAGAGUAUAAUGGCAAAAGCUUCACAUACGCCUCCUUUCAUGCUCACAAGAAGUACGGCGUGUGUCUGAUCGGUAUAAAGAGGGAAGACAACAAGAGCAUUCUGCUGAACCCUGGCCCACGCCACAUCAUGGCUGCCACAGACACCUGCUACUACAUCAACAUCACCAAGGAGGAGAACUCUGCCUUCAUCUUCAACCAGGAGGAGAGGAAGGGCCGCACUGCUGGGGGAAUCUAUGACGGACCCUCACAGCUUCCUGUGCACAGCAUCAUCGCUAGCAUGGGCACUGUUGCCAUGGAUCUUCAGAAUACGAGUCCACCUGACACCUCAGGGGGUAGACUGGUCCCACCUACAGUAAAUGGAACAGGGAGCCGCCGGCCGAGCAUCGCUCCAGUUCAGGAGAUCGCAGACUCCUCCUCAAUUCUGCCAUGUGACCUCCUCAGUGACCAAUCAGAGGAUGACUCCGUUUUCACAGAUGAGAAAGGCCACUCAUCUACUGAGUAUGUGAAAGGUUAUCCCCCUAACUCUCCGUACAUUGGGAGCUCGCCCACCUUGUGCCAUCUGUUGGCUGAAAAAGCACCAUUUUGCUGCCUACGACUGGACCAGGGUUGCAGGCACAACAGCUUUGAGGAUGCUAAGGCUUAUGGUUUUAAAAACAAGCUCAUUAUUGUUUCUGCUGAGACUGCCGGGAACGGUCUCUAUAACUUCAUAGUGCCUCUCAGAGCUUAUUACAGACCCAGGAAAGAACUCAACCCUAUUGUCUUGCUGUUGGAUAACCCGCCAGAUAAUCACUUUCUGGAGGCCAUCUGCUGUUUUCCUAUGGUCUACUACAUGGCUGGGACCAUAGACAAUCUGGACAGCUUGCUGCAGUGUGGCAUUAUCUACGCUGAUAAUUUGGUUGUUGUGGAUAAAGAGAGUACAAUGAGUGCAGAGGAGGACUACAUGGCUGAUGCCAAAACUAUUGUCAAUGUACAGACGAUGUUCAGGUUGUUUCCUAGUCUCAGUAUUAUCACAGAGCUUACUCAUCCCUCCAACAUGAGAUUCAUGCAGUUCAGAGCAAAGGACUGCUAUUCACUGGCCCUCUCCAAGCUGGAGAAGGUACAACAUAACAAGAGGGCUUACAGUGAAAAAGAGCGUGAUAAAGGCUCCAACUUGGCCUUCAUGUUUCGCCUACCCUUCGCUGCCGGCAGAGUGUUCAGUAUUAGCAUGCUGGACACCCUGUUGUAUCAGUCUUUUGUGAAGGACUACAUGAUCCUUAUUGCAAGGCUGCUGCUGGGGCUGGACACCACUCCAGGAUCGGGAUAUCUCUGUGCCAUGAAAGUAACCGAGGAGGAUCUGUGGAUUAGUACCUAUGGCAGACUGUUCCAGAAACUUUGCUCCUCUAGUGCCGAAAUUCCUAUCGGGAUCUAUCGGACAGAAUCCCACAUUUUCUCAACCUCUGAGUCACAGGUGUCAGUCAGUGUUGACGACUGCGAGGACACCAAGGACAGGGGGGACGAGUCUCGCAGCAAUGACCAAUCAGAUCACCCACUUCUGAGGAAGAAGAGCAUGCAGUGGGCACGGCGUCUGAGUAAGAAAAGCGUGAGGUGGCAGGGAGUGAACCGGGACUCGAGCAGGGACCACGGCCAGCGCAUCGCUCAGCAGCGCCUCAACCUCUACCGACGCUCUGAGAGGGAAGAGCUCUCUGAGCUGGUCCGCAACCGCAUGAGGCAUCUGGGCCUCCCCACCUCUGGAUAUGAAGACCUAACUAAUCUGACAGCCAGUGAUGUCAUGAACAGAGUCAAUCUGGGAUACCUACAAGAUGAGCAGAAUGAUCACCAAAACACCCUGUCGUACGUCCUGAUUAACCCUUCUCCUGACACUAGGCUGGAGCUCAAUGACAUUGUGUAAGGAUUACUCCUUUAUUUUGCUCCAGUUGUGCGUGCGUGUUUAUGCGUUGUUUAAUACAAAUAGUAAUCUGUUUAAAAUGUCACCCAUUGAAUAAAAGGCACAAAGGUGCUAAUGUUUAUUUC